UACGUCAGUAAAAGUGAGAUGCACUUAUACAAAUUGAAUGUGGUAGCGAGCAUCUGUCUUGUCCAGUCUUGUCUUACAAUUUUUGGCAGUUCGACUUGUCGUGUGUAUUGUGGUUACUGUGUGUGUAGUAUGUGGAUUCGAGGAUCUCCGAAUAAAAAUGGCCGUUCUUUCUCUUUCCAAAGUGUAAAUUAGAGUCAAAUGCAAAGAAUGGAAAAGAUGACGAUUAAAACAGAAAAUGCCACAACAGACUCGACCAAGCUAAAGCAACAGUGCACUGAACCUCCCACAUCGACUGCUGAAGUAUGUUUUGUCUGUGGAAAUAGGAAUAAUUUCCAUUCUUGUUGGCUGUAUGUGAAACCACCUCCAAAUAAACCUAAAGAGCCAUAUUUUCCCUUUUUGGAGUCUCAUGAGCCGCCACUAGGCUACACUGCAACUAAUAACAAGGGGGCUGUAAGGGCAUGUCAUUUAUGCUAUACAUUAUUAUUGCAACAGUGGGAUACAUAUGAAAGGGCAUCACGACCCCAUUCGGAGCGACUAUACUGGCUUAAAAGGGUUGACAAUGGACCGUACACUGGGGCUGAUAUGGGUCUUCAGGGCGAGUAUGCUGCACAAUUAUUAGGUUUGAAUAAUGACAGUGCGACUUCGCCCCCAUCUGGAAUUCAGACAGCGACAGCUCCACCCACCGUUUCUUCGAGACCCCAAUCUGUCAUUGGUAGAGAAGAAAGCAGUACCAAUUUCCGAUCGCAAAACACUCUGACUUACUACAAUCGGGGCUCUCCUAGGCCCCCAUCACAAGUGAAGGUUUCAAUAUCGGAUAGAGACGAUCGCGAUGAGACAACGAAUGAAGCGGCUUUAGACUUACGAAACACGAGUUCGAGCAGUCGUAGCUCGCCUAUGACGUUGGCUCCAUCUUCGGCACCUCCCCAGCCGAUAUACCACUGUCAGAAUUCGAACUCGUCGUUAGGAACAGGAGGUGGCAGCACCGGUACAGAUAUUCUUGAUCUAAGCAUGCCUGAUAAGAAUGCUGCUACUGAAGUUUGUUACGUAUGUGGGGAUGAAUUUAAAAGGGGAAGUCUCGACUUUAUAGCAGCCAAACAGCUUGCAAGUGAAACUACAUUGACAGCUUGUCAACCGUUUUUUCCUAGCCUGAUGUUACAUCCAAGACCGAGUAGGUCGAGACCUAUGGAUUCAACAGGUCGAGUCCAGGCAUGUUCAGAGUGUCAACAGCACUUAUUACGACAAUGGGACGUGUUUCAAAGUCAGGGCGUGCCUCAUUUGGAUCGAAACUACACUCUUAGGAAGAGGCAAGCAGCAGCAGUUGACACUACUACCUUUAUCUGUUACACGUGUGCUUUGGAAUAUCCUUCAAGUUCGUUACGUCUUCUCUAUUGCUGUCCCAAUCCCGAAAAGGAACCUUAUUUUCCUUUUAUUCAAACGCUUAAGGCUCCUCCUGGUGCUAGUCCAAUUAGUCCCCAAGGAAUGGUCCAAGUCUGCUCAAUAUGUUACAAGUCGAUACCGCAAAAGCAUCAAGUUUUUGGUGAUGAGUGUGGUGGUGUGAUAGUGAAUAACAAUAAUCAUCACCACGGAGGUCAAAUGAUGCCUAUGGAUGUGACAAAUAGUGUUGGUAGUGUUCCUUCGGUUCAAUCUGGUGGUCUAGUGACUACAGUUUCAACCAAACAGGCGGGAAGUAACAGUCAUUCAGAUAUUCGCUACAGACCGUAUGAAAUUGAAAAGUCGGCUGUAGCAACCGCAAAAAAGAAGCAACAGGCAGCUGUACAGGAGGCCACUACGCGACGGGGACAAAUGCAAAAGGAUCGAAAAGAACAAGAUACGACAAACGGAAAUCAACAGGGUAUAUCGGAGGGUCAAAAUUACCGAUGUUACAUAUGCAGCGGUUUAUUCGCCCGUUCCCAAAUGGAAUGGUUGAGCACGAGCGCGGAAGGGAUGAAUUCGCACGCGAUGCACUUUCCUUGUUUAAGGGCCGUGUCGCGAACGUCAGAGAACAGUUGCAUGGAUUCGCAUGGACGAGUGCUAAGUUGCAACAGUUGUGUUGGGCAUUUGGCUAAGCAGUGGGAGUCGCUUGAGGCCGAACGGGUGCCGCUCGAAAGGCGAAAGUAUGCCGUUUUACCGUCAGUUAUAUUGUAUGAUGUACCAAGCCAGGAGAUCCCAGUAAGGAAUGGAAGCAGUGAUAAGAGUUCAUCAUCUUACUCAGAUAGAGGAUAUUCGUCUUAUUCAACAGGCAGCAGUGUUUACUGUUUUCUAUGCGGUUUGCAUUCUGAACUUACACUGGCACGUGUCAUAUAUAGCAAACCACAAGGAAGGAAUGCUCCAUACUUUCCCUAUUUACUUAAGCACGUUAGUCCACCAAAUGCGGAGCAGUUGCGUGAAGAUGGUUCUGCGUUGGUUUGUACUUUUUGUUACCAUAAUCUGGUCAGCCAGUGGCGACGUUACGAAGCCAAAGGCUCUGGCACUGUGCCUGCUGAUAAGAGAGAAUAUAAUACGCACAACUAUUCGUGCUAUGUUUGCGGAAUCAUUACAUAUAGGAAGCGAGUGAGGGCGUUACUUAUUAAGGAUUUUCCCUUUCUACGGUUUCAUUCUCAACCUGAGAAUUCUCUAUUGUUGGAAAAUGGCGAUUACGCGGUGGUUUGUUUGGAUUGCUACGAAACAUUGCGAACGCAAAGCCUGGAGUACGAGAGAUGGGGUUUGCCGAUAGACAAGCGUCAAUAUAACUGGAUUUCGCAACCACCUCCUCCGGAAGAUAGCCCGGAGGCAGUACUUGCGCGAUUACCGAGUGGUCAGAAAAGCGAUAAAGUGGUUCCCCAAACGUUUUUAACGCGCCCCACCAGAAAAAAUUGUUCACCUAAAACUGAUAGAAAAAUUGUUAAAUCGGAGUCUGCUUUAACACAAAGUCCAAAGGGUGUCGGUGGCACAAUAGGGGUGGCAUCUGAUGGAUCGUUAAAACAACAACGUUCUAGUACCGUUCCUCUUGUGACCCAGCCCCAGUCUAGUAGCAGUGCUUCACAUAACAACUCUUCUUCGCACUCCUUUGCGGCUGCACUCAGGAACCUCGCUCAACAAUCUGUGCCUUUUUCUUCCGCCGAACACGCUAGCACCGUGUCUCCUUCUGUCAGCGAUACUGUUGUCCAUAAAGACAUAGGAACAAGUAAUGUAACUCAGAACAUUCGUGCUUCUGAUAUUUCAAGGCCACCGCCAACUUCAACCCUUCCUGGUGUUGCGGAACAACGUUAUCCAACUAUUCCACCAACCACCUGUUCUAUAACUUCUGAUCUCUCUAGAAGUGGAUUUCAGCCGUACAGACCUGAAGAUAGGUUGCCGCAGUUACCGAUAGGCUUAGACGUAUCAGCAGCUGCUGCGGCAGCCGCCACUUAUCCGCCCUACGGAUAUCCAACAACAUUAUCUCUUUUGGACGAGCAGUUGUACUUUGAACGAAUGGGAUUGUUACGACCACCACAUUGGUCCACUCCCAUGGGAUCACCUUAUAUACCGUACAUGUUACCAGGACCGUCUGUUCCUCUUUAUAUACACGAAAGAUAUAAAUUAGAAGAAGAGCAUAGAUUGAGAAUGGUUCAGAAAGAGCAGCAGAUUGAAAGAGAACUUCAAGAGCAGCGGGAACUCCAUCACCAGCAGCAAUUGCAGCAGCAAAGGGAACGAGAACGAGAGCAAAGGGAAAAGGAGCGGUUGCAACGCGAAAAGGAAAAAGCCCUAGCUGCUCAACAGCAUUCUCGCGUGUCUCCCCAUGUUCCGCCCGUUAUGUCCCAUGUAUCACUGCAUUCGCCGUUGAUGAUGUCAAUGAUGCACCCAGGCUCGAUGUUACCACCCUCCAAAGAUAUUUAUCCUCCUUCUUUGGUCACGAGCAGUGCUCAACGUCAGUCUGCAUCGUUACUUCCGCCGAGUCCUCUUCAGAAUCAUCACUCUUCGUCUCCGGUGCCGCGAUCGAGUCCCUCACUUCAACGUCAUUCUCCUCACAUGCUCUUCCAUCCUCCACCGCCUUCGACAUCGUCUUCUCCUUACGGUUUAAAUUUAUCUCAGACGGUUAUGCAACCGUCUGGUCCUGUGAUUAAUAAUGUCAGUCAGUCUUUGCCGAAACCACCAACACCAAAAACGUCAUACAGUUUAUCCGGUUCAAGCCAUACCUCGGCGUCAAUUUCGAAUCAUCAUUCGGCCAGGAUUUCGUCUUACGAGUCCGCGAAUUCUUCAGUAGUUCAUAACAGCACUGCUACUACUACUUCUACUAGAGCUAGCCCUAUCGUGCAUGAAAAGCCCCCCUCUUCUUCAGCGCAUGUUUCGUCUGCACCUGCAGUAUCCAUGACCGAUACCGCGAUCGUGAUAACAUCUAGCGAAAAUGUUCAAAAGGUGGUUGUACCACCACCAUCUACCUAUGUGAGCAACGUGACCGUUAUCAAGGAGGAUCCAGCCGAUUUGCCAGUCACUGCCCCUGCAGCAGCCAGGAAGCCACCCAUAAUGAAUAUGCAGUUGUGUCCACCGUUAGUACCAUCAUCAUCACAGCCGUCACCACUACCAACACUCAUUUAUUCAAGCUUUCCCGUUACCUCUUGCGUCACAAAUGUCACGUCAUCUAUUACUUACAAUCCCCUUCAACAAAAGUGUAAUCUUCAAUUGAAUAGUGUAAAGAAUAUAUCUGUUGAUGAAAUCCAAACUACUCGAUCUGCUCAGUUAUUGGACAGUAAAAAGGACGAAAACAAUAUUGACUACAAGGAAAGAGGAAAAGAUGUUGCUACGUUUCAAGAGACUGAGAAGAAGAUAAAUCCAAAUGUUACGAGAAAGUUUGAUGAAUGUGUAAAUGUAAAGGAUCAAAAAGAUGAAUUAGAAGAGCAGAAAUUUUGUAAAAUAGGUAUGCAAGUUGGAAAUAGGGAUUGUAUAAAGUCGCAAGAAAAUGUAUUGGAAGCAUCGGAAAAAUGCCAAAACGAUGUUCAGGCUAAAGCAGGAAAAGUUCCAAAACAUUACAAGCCGGAAAUUCCGGAUUGUCCGAAAAACGCCUGGAGGGUUUCUGAUAGUCAUAUUGAAACGGGGGAUUCAAAGGCAUUACAAAAAAGUGCCUGGGAAGUCUCAAAAAAUUACAAAACUGACAUUGACGUUAGAGAUUGUAAAAUUUCCCAGAACAAUGUGUGGGAAAUUCCGAAGACCUGCUAUUUUAACGCUUACAGUGUAGCUGAUGUAAAACAUGCUAGCACCCCAGUGAGCACUGUAGUUACCGUGGACCAAACACACAGCCCUCAGUUACCAGUACCAUCGCCGAAUUAUCCUAUCCAGUCUCACUCUUCCUCUUACACUAACGAUUUUACCACUUCUACAAUCACAUUCAACGACAACAUAAAUACAAGAAACGUCUUUAUAAUUGAAGACGCUCAUGUGAAAAUUUCGCCCCUUGAAAAGGAUAUGAGCAAAUUUGACGACACAUUGUUUUCCAAUUCCGAGAGAAAUCAAAAUGAGACUGUCUCACUCGAAAAAAAUAAUAUCUGUAAGCAAGAGAUGAUGUCCCAUAAUAAUCAAAGUUUGGAGGCUCACAAAAAUGUAAAAAUUUUAAUUGAGAAAAUGAAUGAAAAUUGCCCUUUAACGAAUAAAGUGUUAAGCUCUGAAGUUCAAUUUAUCAAAAACGUACCAUUGUCUGCAGAUAAGCCUUCAACUGCAAUCAAGACAGUAUUAAAUAUACCCACACCGCACUGCCAACCUCCAGUUAAACGACAAAAGAUAAGUAAGUUAGAUUUAGCCAUACAAAGAAGAAAAAUUCGCAGGAAACGCUCUACCAAAUUGAAGCUAGUAAAAGAAAAUUGUUUGAUUGAUUCCGAGAGGAGUAACUCUUAUUCAGACGAGAGCAGUGACAGUUCGGAGUUUCCGGAUUUAUGGAUUAAAUCUGGACCUCCUAUGAAGAAUAGUAUCACAUCCGAGAAAUUAGAAUUCUUACAAUUAUUCGGGCUUACUACUCACAGUAAGAAAAACUCAAUGGAGUUAGAGAAAAUUGAAAGACGAAGAUGGCUUCCAAAUUGGUACUAUCCUGUCGACGAAAAGGAGAAAAACAACUCCGUCACGUUAGAUUUGCCUGUGCCUUCAACUUCGCCAUCACUUCUUGUUUCUGCUCCUGAUUUUCCAAUGAAAACGGAUUUUCUACAGCAGCUCCAUCUGAAAACAGUUUCCUUACCAGUAAGAUACGAGUAUGAAAAUACAUGGAUGAAAGUUAUUGAAGAAAGAUUGAAGCGUGACGAAAAUGGAUCUGCGGUCACCCAAUACAGUAUUAAAUACCAUAGUAACUUGCCCUUGUCUCGUAGAAACGAAUACCAAAAUCAGAUGAGACAAAAUGGAAAUUUAUUUAACAUAAAAACGAGUCUGAAGAAAGAAAUUCUGAACAGGAAAGACGUUUCUUCUGAAUGUGGAACUUCAAAAACUAUUACAACUCAACCAAGCUGUAAUACGUAUAAUUGUUUACCUUUUACGAUGGUGCUGGUUGAUAAUUUAAAGUCCAAACAAAUAGAUUCAGAGAAGGACGACGAGGAAGGCAGAGGCAAGUUUAGGUGGCCAGGAAUUCAAGAAGUGAUUGAGGCUUAUCACAAGUACAAUGCAGAGAGAGAUGCGGAGUGUACAGCUCUAAAGCAAAGGUGCGAACACUUAAAGAAGGAAAUGGCAUUAAAACAGCAGGAGGCAAAAAUACUGGAGAAACGACAACGAGAACUAUAUUCUGAAUCAUUUCUACUUGAACAGGAAAAAAUGAAAUUACAUAAGACUAUAGAACAUUUAGAUAACAUUAUAAAUGCAUUUAGGUAGCCUUGGGUAAUAGCAAAUUUUUGAAAUUGACGAAGUUGAUGUAAAUUGGCGUGUGACAAUAAGCAGAUAAAUGUGAAAGGUCUUGGGGCUGUUGUGCAAGGGUUCAGUGUUUUAUAUUUUAGCCGUACUUUUAUCCGCAGGCGAAUUAAAUUGAAAUUUAUUAAGAAAGGAUUAGGUAUAACGCAUUGUUCUUAUUUCAUGAAAUUGCCUCUUUUUUUCCACAUUACUUUUAUGUUAAGAUAAAAUGAGGUAAUCGGCCUAUGGAAACGAUUUUUUAUUGUAUUCUUUUUAAAUUAAUUCACUGUUACGGUACGUACUUCUUUGCUAAGUAUUUUGUUAAUUUUCGCUUUAGUUUAGUGACAAAGGUGUUUAAUUCAUAAUAAUUACGUCCUAUUAUAAAUGUUGAUAACAUUCAAGAUAUUUGAAUACUUUAAAUAGAAAUUAUCUUCUAUUUAUUAUUUUUUUUUUGUGCACAAUAUUUUUGCUUGAUAUUUUUCUAUCGUUAGGUACUAAUAUGAAGAAAAAAUAAUAAAAAAUCGUGCUGGCCAAUUCCAUUUGAAAUGUGCACUAUUUUCUUAUUCAAAAUAUGUAACUUUUUUCUUACUGUGCACUAAUUUUAACCGUUUGCGUUUAAAAAAAUACUAAUAUGCUGUGAUGAGAUCAUUAAUGGUUUUUGUAAUGAUGGCUUAAGGUGUGUGGGAGAGAAAGGAUUGGAACGAAAGGGUUAAUAGAUAACGCGAGAGAAAGCAGGAAGAAAAUAAAUAGGUAAAUAAGUAAUUUUUUAAAUUGCGGGCUUGUAAAUUUUUCAAUCCGAAUUAAUUGUAAGUUGAUGUAAAGUUUCUUAUGUGGUAAAGUUUUGUUAUUUACGGGUUUACAUUAUUUAGAGUGUAUGAUGUUCACCAAUUCUGUGAUAAUAAUAUAGUUUUUAGUCUUAACUAAAGGCAAUUUUUAGCAUCAAAUCCUAAUAAAUGUAUAAAAUUGUA